AUGCCUCAGACAAGCAACCCCUACAUAGGAUCUUACGAUGAUCUCCGCGAACUUCGCCUCCUCCACUAUAUCUUCUCCCUCCCUCAUCUGGACUCAAUCCGCAACAAUCCACAAGCCGUCAUCAAUGAAAUUGACAAAUUUUCUGAGACCACAGAGUUGCAUCUGAUGACCAUUGGACCUCAAAAGGGCGGCAUGCUCAGCAAGCUCAUCGCCGAGCGCAAGCCGUCCACCGUAAUCGAACUAGGCGGGUUUGUCGGCUACAGCGCCAUAAUGCUCGGAGACGCCUUGCGUGCUGCGGGGGGUGAACGGUAUUUUAGUCUGGAAUUGAAUCCUGUCAAUGCGGCUGUCGCCAAUCUGCUCAUUGACUUAGCCGGUCUAGGCGAUCUUGUCACUAUCCAUAUCGCGCCAAGUCAGAAGACGAUUGCAAAGUUUGUGAAGGAUAAUGUGAUUGAUCACGUCGAGUUUAUGUUGAUUGAUCACUGGAAGGAUCGUUACUUACCUGAUUUGUGGCUGUUGGAGAGUCUAGGGCUCUUCAAACCUGGUGUAACGGUGUUGGCCGCUGAUAACUGUCUCAAACCAGGUGCACCGGGCUAUUUGGAGUAUGUGAGGGCAUCUCCUGCUGAGAAGAACGUGCAAUUAAAGGAGAAGUACACCUUUUCAGAGGACGUGUUGACUGGUACGGAUUUGGUGAAGGCCAUCAAAGAGGACCGCGAGGGAGUCGAGUUGGAAUGUGUUCCUGGAGAUCCGAGCUACGUCUAUGAGACUGAGAUCUUCAAGUUUGAAAUGAGGCCUGGGCAUUUUGACGGCGUUGAGGUGACCAAGGUGGUGGGCAAGGAGUGA